AGCGCGCGUUCGCGGCCAGGGGAGGCGUGUGCUGCUCCCGCAGCCAGCGAGAGCGAGAGAGGGAUGGAUGUUGGAGGAGGAAUUCGGGCUUAACAAGUGAUCGCUGCUGUCUAGGAUUUUGUUUCUUUUCGGGGGAACCUUGACUUCCUUUCCCAGGCAAUCCCUCCUGUGCUGAACUCCAGAGGAACCAGGAGUCUUGGGGUCUUCUCUGGGGCAGCCCCAACCCCCACCCCCAGGCUCCAGCCGCGAGGACUCUGUGCACCCCCCGGGCCAGGCAACAGAACUUGUUCCGUGGAUAUUUGGAGCCUCCACCUGCCAAACCCGAGUGAUUCCUUUUACCACCCCCCGCCCCCCCACCCAAGAUCAUUCUUCCCCUCCUCCAGCUGUUGCAGCUUGAGGGGGAAAAACAAGCCAGCCGGUGGAUUUUCUUUAUUUUUAUUUUUCGCCCCGCCGGGGAACGGUGAAGUGCUUCUUCUGCAUGAUUUUGGCUGAAGAAUGCUCUGCAUUUCCUUGAUUUCUAUGGAGACCUCAGAGCUGGUUUUGCUUCUGCUGACACCUCAUCUAGCACCUUCUCUACCUCCCAGGGUCUUUGCCUCUAUCUAUGCUUUGGCAUUGUACCUGGGUACAGGAAGCCUUUGAUGAACUUAAAAGGAGAGCCUGGAGAAUGAUCCUGAUAGACUUUGAGUAGAAAUGGCUGGACAUACUUCAAACCACAUCUUAACAUGGUUCGAGCCAUCACUAGAAGGCAAGUGCUAACAGUAAAGGCUUAUUUGCAUUUUAUUUACAUUUAAUGGACUGAGCAUUGGCCAAUUUCCAUGGCAGAAAAAUAUAUUUCAUUUUCUAGGCACAACUUCUGGCUGUCAGACACUUGCUGCCUUUGAAUCUUGCAGCAUCAUCACUAACCACAUUCCAGACAUAUUUCCAAAUUUCAACAUCUACCCCCAAAACAUAGGUGUCUGAGAGACUCCAGCAUUUUCGGACUUCUUAGUCUUGAGAGUGCCCAGGCUAUUUAUCUCGACCAGCCAAGCUCUGGAGAGCAAUGUUGAAUCCCUGAGAAGAGAGAGCAUGGGGCGUGCUGAUUUAAAAACAGAAAAUGCAAAGUUGGACUGAAAAUAUCCUUAGUCUUCCAAGCAAUCUGCUUAAGGGUUCCAAACUUACCUUAAUUUGGUGAGAAAAGAAGCUGCCCUAUUUUUCUUUCUUCUUCUUCUACAACUGGAACCAGCCAUUUCCGAAAACCACCACCAUGGAGGUUGCAAUGGUGAGUGCGGAGAGCUCAGGGUGCAACAGUCACAUGCCUUAUGGUUAUGCUGCCCAGGCCCGGGCCCGGGAGCGGGAGAGGCUUGCUCACUCCAGGGCAGCUGCAGCAGCUGCUGUUGCAGCGGCCACAGCUGCUGUCGAAGGUAGCGGGGGUUCUGGUGGGGGCUCCCACCACCACCACCAGUCACGUGGGGCCUGUACCUCCCAUGACCCUCAGAGCAGCCGGGGUAGUCGGAGGAGGAGGCGACAGCGGUCUGAGAAGAAGAAAGCCCACUACCGGCAGAGCAGCUUCCCUCAUUGUUCUGACCUGAUGCCCAGUGGCUCUGAGGAGAAGAUCCUGAGGGAGCUGAGUGAGGAGGAGGAAGAUGAGGAGGAGGAGGAAGAGGAGGAAGAGGAGGGAAGGUUUUACUAUAGUGAAGAUGACCAUGGUGAUGAGUGUUCCUACACGGAUCUGCUGCCUCAGGAUGAGGGCGGUGGCGGCUACAGUUCAGUCCGCUACAGUGACUGUUGUGAACGUGUGGUGAUAAAUGUGUCAGGCCUACGCUUUGAGACCCAAAUGAAAACUCUGGCCCAGUUUCCAGAGACUUUGUUGGGAGACCCUGAAAAGAGGACUCAGUACUUUGACCCUUUGCGCAACGAGUAUUUUUUUGACAGGAACCGCCCCAGCUUUGAUGCCAUCUUGUAUUAUUAUCAAUCAGGAGGCCGCCUGAAGAGGCCAGUCAAUGUCCCCUUUGAUAUCUUCACUGAGGAGGUGAAGUUCUAUCAGUUGGGGGAGGAGGCCCUGUUGAAGUUUCGGGAGGACGAGGGCUUUGUGAGAGAAGAGGAAGACAGGGCCCUCCCCGAGAAUGAAUUUAAAAAGCAGAUUUGGCUCCUCUUUGAAUAUCCAGAGAGCUCCAGUCCUGCAAGGGGCAUAGCCAUUGUGUCCGUCCUGGUCAUCUUAAUCUCCAUUGUCAUCUUUUGCCUGGAAACCUUGCCUGAGUUUAGGGACGACAGGGAUCUCGUCAUGGCACUGAGUGCUGGCGGGCAUGGUGGGUUGUUGAAUGAUACUUCAGCACCCCACCUGGAGAACUCAGGGCACACAAUAUUCAAUGACCCCUUCUUCAUCGUGGAAACAGUCUGUAUUGUAUGGUUUUCCUUUGAGUUUGUGGUUCGCUGCUUUGCUUGUCCCAGCCAAGCACUCUUCUUCAAAAACAUCAUGAACAUCAUUGACAUUGUCUCCAUUUUGCCUUACUUCAUCACACUGGGCACUGACCUGGCCCAGCAACAGGGGGGUGGCAAUGGUCAGCAGCAGCAGGCCAUGUCCUUUGCCAUCCUCAGAAUCAUUCGUCUGGUCCGAGUAUUCCGGAUCUUCAAACUCUCCAGGCACUCCAAAGGCCUGCAGAUCCUGGGCCACACCCUCAGAGCCAGCAUGCGGGAACUGGGCCUUCUGAUCUUCUUCCUCUUCAUUGGGGUCAUCCUCUUUUCUAGUGCUGUGUAUUUUGCAGAAGCGGAUGAACCUACUACCCAUUUCCAAAGCAUCCCAGAUGCAUUUUGGUGGGCUGUGGUGACCAUGACAACUGUGGGCUAUGGGGACAUGAAGCCCAUCACUGUAGGGGGCAAGAUUGUUGGGUCCCUGUGUGCCAUUGCGGGUGUCUUAACCAUUGCUUUGCCAGUGCCAGUGAUUGUCUCUAACUUUAACUAUUUCUACCACAGAGAGACUGAAAAUGAGGAACAGACACAGCUAACGCAGAAUGCAGUCAGUUGUCCAUACCUCCCCUCUAAUUUGCUCAAGAAAUUUCGGAGCUCUACUUCUUCUUCCCUGGGGGACAAGUCAGAGUAUCUAGAGAUGGAAGAAGGAGUUAAGGAAUCUCUGUGUGCAAAGGAGGACAAGUGUCAGGGAAAGGGGGAUGACAGUGAGACAGAUAAAAACAACUGUUCUAAUGCAAAGGCUGUGGAGACUGAUGUGUGAAUCUUUCUCCACCUGCCACUGCUCCCCCCUCAGCAUCUCCAAAUAUAUUUAUGCAUAGAGAGUGCAGUUAUGAAAAUGAAAUAUGCAAAUGAUCCAAUGCAUACAGUAGUACACUAUUUAAUGGUUAUACAUGGCAUAAUUGUUACUAAACUUGUAUUACAUAUCAAAUAAAUGAUACAUCUUGGAGAAGAGGGAGGAAUAGGAGCAAAUCUAUCUUUAUAUUUUUAUUAGAAUGCAAGAAUUUUGCACAUUAACUGGAAAACAUGUUAACAGUAAAGAUGGAGAGAGAGAGUGUGUGCGUGUGUGCGCGUAUGUGUGUGUGUGUGAAGUAAAUUGUCAAUGUUAGUAAUUGUGCAGUGAUGGGAAAAGUUGGCAUUUUGAAGUAUUUACUAUGUAAGAACUAAUGAAUCUGAGCAGUCAUUUAUCAGUGCUUUAACAGCAUAUCAUAUGUCUUUGGAUUCUGUAGUUGUUUUUUAAAAAAUUGUAAGAAAUACUGUGUAGAGAAAAAAGAAAGUAAAUUAUUUAAUAGACUAUAGGUCACAAUUUUAUCUUGGAUUUAAUUAAAAUUUAUUUUUAACUGGAAAUUAACUUUUAAAAAGGCUGCAAGGGCCUUUAGAAAUUGAUUAUAUUUUGUUAUUAAUUUUGGGAAGAUUUAACAGCAAAUGUCUAACAUUAUAGAAUAAGUGAAAUUGGAGAAUAUGUAAUAAGUUUUGUUUGCAGGUAACAGGACUGGAUUUUUUUUUCAUUGCACUACUUUAUAUGCUGGAGAUUGAGAGAGACUUCAUACUGUGAAUGUUUACUAAUGUAACAGUUCAAUGACAAUCAUUGGAAGAAUGAUUUCUUUAGUCUUAUUUUAUUGUUUUCUUUUCAUUGUGUGAGACUAAUGAUCAUGCAGAUAACAUCACAGGAUUCUCUCCUCUUUUAAAAUCUAAAUAACUGAUUGACAAAGGAAUUAUGAAGUAAAAUUUAGCAACUGAAUCUUUUGAAAUUGGUCUGUUAGAAUGAUGCUUCUGAAAUCAUACUAUUUUAUAUAUUCUUCUGCCUUUUAACUCCAGAAUAAUUUAACCAAAGUUAAUGCAUGCACUGAAAGAAUCCUUGAAGAAGUAAGAUGCCAAGCAGCUACAGUGAUUAUGGCUUAAAAUUUUUCUAUUAAAUGUGAAACAUAAACGCUAGAUUUAUUAAGUUUAUUUUUUGUACAGUUAUAUAAGAACAGAAUUUGGGGAUUAACCUCAGAUUUUAACAUUAUAUUUGCUAAAAUGGACAUAAGGAAGAAUUGUGUCAAACAUUUGGUUUCAACAUCACCAUCAUUAUCAUCUUUAUUAAAGGAAUUUAUGACACAUAUAACUGCAUUUAAGUCAUGACAAAGCAUUCUAGAAUGUGAGAUAACAACUAGCGAUCAGCCUUGCACUAUGAAAUCAUGAGGUAUAGGUUAGAAAACUCAGAAUGCAUAAGAGGCCUUAUUCUACAAUGUUUGUUUAACUUCUGUUCUUUAUAAAAUGAUUGUCUUGAGCUCUGGUUGGGGGCGGGGAACAAAACAAAACAAACAACACUGCAUACACUAUUUUGGCACAUAGUGAACUCUGGUAACUGUGAGCUACAAACAAACAAACUGACCUAGAAUAGCCUUUCUCAAGCUUUUUAAAAUCCAGGCCAUCAUUUCAUAAUUACAUAAAUUCUACCUCUCCUUUAAUGGUAUUUGAAAUUCAAAGUAAAUUCAACAUUAGGCUUAAAAGUAAAACUGCACCCCCUCUCCACCCUUUCCCCACCACUUGUAGAGAAAUGCUUUUCUAGAACACCUUUUAGAGAAUGAAAACAGCAAGCAGGGCCUUUGAUUGAAUGUGAAGAACAAAGAUCAAUAGAAGACAACAGAGAAUGAUAAAACAAGAAAAUGCCAUCUUACAAUAAGAUUUCAAAGAUAAUGUUUUAAUACAUUUUAGAUUUGGGGCAAAAAUGUAACAAGCAUUAGAGUAGGGGUAAGGCUAUUUGGACAGGCUAUAAGUCAUUUGGAAAUGUCACUUAACAUCUCUGCACCCAAAUGUCAUGAUUGGUUAAAAAGAGGGCAAAUGAAGCACAUUACGUUACAGAGUUAUGCAAAACAAAUGAGAACAUGCGAAAACUGUGAAAUGUUGAGUUCCAUACAAAUGCCUGAUGUUAUGUCUAAAUUGUUUAACCUUCCUCUGGGAGAAAAAGCGAUUUAGAAUGCACAAGCAUACAUCUACUUUAUUAGGAUAUUGUAAAAAUUAUGGGUAAUUGCUUUAACUCUGCAGUCCUUACAAGAAGUUGAUGUGCAGAUACAAGAGAGUCUAUUGCUGAUAGAUUCAGGCAUGUUAUAGUAUAGAAAGUUGACUCUGUGAACAACAGACCAUGUAUCUUACAAUAUAGCCAACUAGGUCAGAUUAUAUCUCAAAAUAAUUUAAGGGCUGUUUAGUAUAUAAGGGAUGUUUAUUGAACUUUCUAUAAUAGCAGUGACAAUGAUUUGGCUAUGUUUGGAAGGGAAAUGUACUGUAUUUCAUUGUUUCCAUAAUACUUCCUUUUAAAUCUGAAAGUUAUAUUAAAUUUGAUUGACAAAACACAUUAUAUUGAUAAUUCUGAGAAUCCAGGAAAUGUAGUCAUUUGGGGCUUACCUUUAUUUCACAUGUUUUUUUUUUCUUUUUCUUUCUUUCUUUCUUUUUUUUUUCGGAUGAGAAGGUCAAGAAGUGACAGACAUAAGCUUUCAAACCAAAUAUUAUUAGGUUAUCAUACUAAACUCAUUGUUUCUUUCCUCCUGCAAGAUGCAUUUAUUUUAGAGUAUCUCGAUCUUGAUCCUACACUGAGAAGGAAGGUUUUAAGCCCUCAAGACUUGUAUGGGAGUUCUUCUGUAUGGAACACUUCUCUUAGAAGAGAAUUCAUGAAUUCAGGACAUCCAGUACAGUUGUGAAUUCAUAACAUUUUUCCAGUUGAAACUAGUCAAAGUGCUUUAGAUCCAUUUGUAAAAAAUUUAUACUGAUGAAUAUGCUUUCUGGAUGUAUUUAUAACUAAUUUAUGAAACUGUAUCUUAGAGACCACUAUACACAUUUGGUUAAGAUAAAAGGGAAGUGACCUUCUUUAGAGAUCCUAAUUCUUGGGAUCUGGGAUCCUUUUAUUGCUUUUCAGAUGAUAAUAGAUGUUACCAAAAGCACACUAUUUGAGGGUCAUCCUAAUCAGAGUCUUUUCAAGGGAAGAUGCAUUGUUCUCUCUUGCAAAUGGGUUGGAAAGGAAACAGGCAUAACAGUUAUGGGGAAGAAAGAAGGAAUAAAUAGUCCUUUUGAUUUCUGUGAAAGGGAGUCAGUGGGUGCUAGAGGAAUGACAGCUGGUCUAGGGAGUCAAGAGAGCUGGCUUGUUAAUCGUAGGCAAAUUGUUUCAUCUCCUUGAUCCUCAGGAGUGUGUGUAUGUGUGUGUGUGUGUGUGUGUGUGUGUGUGUAUCUAACAUGGGGAUAUUGGGCUACAUUAUUACUUGGUUCCUUUUCGUACCACAAUUCUACUGUGGAGUAAAAGAAAUAUCAGACUAGCUUCAUAUUUUCUAAGUACCAUUCCAGUCAUAUCAGCUUGGAUUUUUUUUAGUAAGUAAUAGGAGCAAAAAUAAAUAAAUAAAAACAAAAAUCUCACUGUUAGGUUAACCGCAGAACAGGUGUUUGAGUUUUUUCGAAUGUAGACUAAGCUGAAUGAAUAGGACGUAUUUUGAGCUGUUAUUCUAACAACUUCUAAAGGGAAGGGAUUCAUUUAAUGAAAAAUAACUCUUCAGUCCUCAGUUGAAUACAUAUGGUGAAAAUUGGUAAGUAAACAUUUUGAUGUCUUGCUUUGUUAUCGUGCAGUCUUGUCAGUAAAUGGUAUUUUGACCUGUGCUGGGGAACUCAUUUUAUGCUUAAACACAUGUAGUGUUUCACAAGUGCUACUGCAUGCUUUGUCAAGUUUGUUUUAAACAGGAUCACUGAAGCUUCCUGAAAUUUUUUUCAUUAAGCAUGUGUUGAAAUAGAACCCAAUAUAUGAAUAAGAAAGAUAUAAGGAAAAUACUGUGAAUUAAGAUACAUAUUUUCCCAUUUAAAAAAAGUCAAUAUUAACCAAUGGAAAAUUAUUUUUAAUCACAUUGGAAUCACAAACAGUAGCCCCCUACCUUCCAACAAAUCAGAAAUGGUGUUCUUCGUUGUUGUUAAUUUUCAGGGUUUGGAUGAGCCUUUAGUACUAACAUUGCAGCUAUUGCUAGGGAAAGUAAGAAAUAUACCUAGAUUCACUUCACAUUUUUAAAAUGAACCUGUGGUGAUGUGCUCAUGUGCAGGAAACAGAGUGUAACAUCCUUCUUUAUGUGUGUGUAUGUGUUUUUAUUGAUACAGUUUAAAAUGAUUACGGGGUGUCAUUCAGUGACAAAAGGGCCUGUUCCAGGAAAUCUCCUUGAACCAAAAGUCAUUCUGAAUUCUUCAAGAGACAUUUGAUGUGGAUAUAAGGUACCUUUUGGUUCUCCUGCCUGUAAAUAAACUUGACUUUAGGCAAAGGAUCUUCCAGACCAAUGUAGCCAUUGCAGGUCAGAAGAAAGUGCUAUUUUCUAGUAUGGAAAUCAGUAUUCUUAUUUGAGGAGAAGGUUGUUGGAGUGGUUGUGUUCAAUAUUGAAGGAAGCAGAGCUUUUUUUUUUGUAAUAAAUGGGAAUAUGUACUUCUGAAAAGUAAAUUAAGAUUAGGACUGUGAUAUGAGUUUUAUUUCUGGCUUGGUUUUGUUUCCAUAGCAGUCCCAAUUUCUCACAGUAUCUUCUUCAUGAAAGUAUGCUAAUACGUAUCAGACCAUAUGGCCCCAUUUGAGGUUUAGAAAAUAUGGUCAUCUUAUUUAUGGAUAAAUAAAUUAAUCCCAGGGCAUAAGUUAGUUGCUUAAAAAACAUGGCACAUAUUUAAUGAGCGGUGGCUCUAAGUGAGAUUCAAGCAUCCCCCUUUCAGGCCUGUGGGAUGGGAAUAAAUGUAUAAGGCAAACAAUGUGCUGAAUAUAAAGUCGUGCUGUCAUCUUGAAAAGCAUAUUCCCAGAUUCACUGGAGGUAGUGUUGCUGACUUAAGGUUCAGCUUUUGGUCCAUUUGUUGUCAUUGGUGUCUUGGAAGGAGAUUUUGCAUCCAGGGUGCCAGGAGCUAAAUGAUUUUGUUAGUUGAUCCACAAAUAGUCCAUUCUUGCUUCCUACCUGUAAGCAAUCUGUUUUGUAGGUUAUCCGUAGUUGGUUUCUCACCUGAGGCUGGCUUUACUUAGGCUCAGAAGCCUAUUGUCUUGUGUUAAACAACCAGUCCAGAAAAGGUAAAAUUAUGAAAAGAUAAAACAAUCCAUUACAAAGAAACAACAAAAACACUAGAACUAGAAAGCCAAGCAAAACCUAAGUGGGAAGCCAAAUCUGUUGUUCAAAGUGUUACAUACGCUAGAACUAAUUAUGCAGGAUUUUGGGGUAACGUUGGUCCUGCCUCUUCACCAUUAGCAGAAAUAACCAAGAAGUGACUGUUGUGAUAGAGGACAUAAAGCAGAAAUAACCUGCCCCAUGAAUAUAUAGGUUAACAUUUUCUGUGAAAAUGAUAGAAAUGCCAACCUACCUUAGCAGUGGUUUUAAUAGUAACUAUUAGAAAUGACUAAUAAAUAUGGAAGAUAUGCUGGUGUUUUUCCCAGUAAUCAGUAUUAUGUGGGAAUGUACUUGGAUUGUUUCUCAUGAUUCUGUACACCAAGGGCUAUUUCAAAGUCAAAGAGCAUGAAGGCAUUUUUAUCCACAGCUACUUAAGCUAUUGGCUGUUGAGGGGCCAGUUACCUCUUAAAUCAGUCAAAGCAGUUAAAUAAAUAGUCCCUGUGGAUAUCAACAAAAGCUGUGCCAGUGCUAAGUCUAAGAAUUAUAUUUGUUUCAAAAUAAUUAUAUGAAUAUAUAAUAUAUUCAUAUGUUCACAUAUAUUAUGUAUUUUAUAUUCUGCCAACAAAUAUAAGCAAAAUGAAUGAUCUGAGGUAUUGAAAGAGACUUUUCACAGUGAAGUAAAAGUGUAUAAUUCCCAUUAGCAGGCAAAUGCAUGUGUUUUGGAGAAAUGGUGAGGCUGGAGGAUUAAAAAACCUCUCUUUACACUUUAGGUUGGAUUUUUGUGCCCCAUAACGACAAUAAUACUAGUCCUAAGCUCUGAGACAUUCCAUAAGGGUAUAUAGAGUUUCAUUCCCAGAAGAAAGGGUUAAUUUUUAUGCUGUAUGGAACAUUGCAAAAUGUUGAUUUUAUUUUUUUAAUGCACAUUAUUCUCAUUAUAUAAAGGAUGCAUAUAGCAUGGAAACUAGACUAUAUGACCUGUAGAACAACUGUGUGCUCUUUAGAAAUAGAAUUACUAGAAGCCAUUAUCUUUCUAUUUUUUUGUGGUAGCUUUUGUUUGAUGUGAAUUACUUAAUUCUCUCAGGUUCAAUUACAGCAUUAAAAGUUUCAGGUUAUUGUUGUUUUUGGUGAAUGUUCCAAUAUCUUUCUUAGGCUCUGAGGGCACACACACAACCAUUCAGUAGUUGGAAAAUACUAUAUCUCUUGGAGAUUAAGGCGAUAUUACCUGAACUCUCUCUAUGAUAGCAGCCACAUUAGUUAACAUGGAGGAUGCAUGUUUUUCUAUUUAUAAACUUAAUGCACUUGUACCUGAAUAGAAUGAUGAUUUCCCUAAAGAACACUAAUGGUGUUGAUAGCACCUGAGUGAGCCUUUUUUCCUCCUGUCAAUUGGUAGGGAUAUGAUCCAAAUGAGCCUUUCAUUUGCUAUCAGGCAGAGAAGGAAAUAAUUAAUGAAGCUCCCACUCAACUGAAAUCUAUCAAGAGGUGAUGGAAUCUCUAGGGAAUGCAUUAGGAUUUUUUUUUUUAUUAUUUAUUUACUUGCCAUUCCUAGUUGGUGUCAUUAUGGCAUGAGUGUUGGGGAAAGAUAUUAAUUUUAGGAUGAUUUACCUAAUACUAAAAUGACUUGAUAAAAAACAAUUCGAAAUUAUAAGCAUUGCAAUAUCUUAUUAGCUUUAGGAAUAUCUCCAGUUAAAAAUUUUAAGAAAUUAAUAUGAGAUUUGGAGAUUGCAAUAGUUAUUUGGAGAGAGACAUAUCCAAAGAAUAAUGAUUCAGUUAUUCAGAUUUAUUAAGAAAUCUGAGUUUUAUAAGCUUUGCAAGAGAUUCAAAAAGUCUCUCAACUUUCAAAAAUUUUGCUGCAACCCCGUCAGAUUUCAGAAAGAAAUUCAAGAAUUCCUCUUGAGAGGAAAAUGGUACCUAUUUUUCUUCUUUUGUGUGUGUCUUUUUCACAUUCAUGAUUAAAUUGGUGGAUUUUAUAUAAUCAUUAUCUUCCAGCAAAUUAAGUGAAAGACUUGGCUACAGAUUGAUUAGAGGAUGACAAAAUUGUAUGAUAGUCUUUCUUUGCAACAUUUGCUGUUGAUCAGUUUAGAAGCUGAUUUCAGUACAUGUGAAUUACAACACAGAGAAAUGGCUAUGUACUAUAUUAGUAUCUAAAUGACAAAGCAAGAAUAUUAGGAAUAGGAUUUACUUUUGAGUUCCUAGAAGUGUUAUUAGAGCUCUUGACCCGUGUCCUCCAGAUCUGAUCUAGCCAAUGAGAAUUUAGGAAACUCCUUUUUUUUUUUUUUUUUUUUUUUUCCCUAGAGUAGCGACAAGAUAUAACAGGAUCAGUGCCAACUGGGAGAUAGCAACAGGAGCAGGGAGGAGGGCAAGGGACAAGGAGUUAUGCCUAAAUGAAGUCACUAAUUUGAUGGUGAAAAUAGCUAGGUCAGUCUAAAAACUGCUUCAUUUUGUCAUGCUAACUAUUAAUUUUUGUUGACCCAAAGAAUCCAGGAAAGUGAAUUGAUCUCUUAGAGUAGGCAUAUAUGUGUAUAUGUCCGAAUAUUCCCUUUGCUCUUCGUCUUCGAGGGCACUCACAUACGAAACCAUAAAACUGCUGCUGGGAGUUAAAACUGUAUGUCUCAUUAAGGAUAAGAUUCACCUUUCCCUUCAGAGUAAGGGACUCAUGUCUUUAGGAGAUUACUCCUUGGACGUUUACGUUUCAAAGGGGGAGAAUUCUCCCCCUUAUUCUAAUAUAGAAUGUCAGCAUAGCAGUGCAUUCAAGCUAAGACAGAAGUAAGCAACCAGUAGAAGCCCUGGGAAUGAAUGUCACUAACACAGAGCUGAAUGAUGUGUUUAUGUUGGUUAUUGCUGGUGUGCAAUUCUUAGAGGAAUGGAGAAAUCAUAAAAUUUGUGCAAUCUAAUUAGAACUCUGCCAUCAUAUGCUCCUUGCUGAUUUAGCUGCUGCCGCUGCUGCUGCCGCUGCUUCUUCUCAUCUACACGGAAAAGAGGUGUCAUUUCACUACUAGAAUCCACAUACUUCACAGGUUUCAAGGCAGUGUGAGAAACAGUGGAGAAAGAAAGGGUUAGAUUCGAUAGAUAAGGAUGAAGCAACAUGCAGUAUUUUAAGGUGUGAAUCAUCUUGUGACACAAGACUAUUUUUACUCAAGGGACUAAGCAGAAUCUUUGGAUGGGAGAAGCUCUGUUCAGGAAUUACCAUUUCCUUUUUGUAUGUCUAUAGUAUCACUAUUAGAGAUCAGUCUAGUCUAGCAAGGGGAUAAAUUCUUCCGUCAUUGCUAAAACAAGCUGAAAAUUACAUGCUGAAACAUUUUUUUCCUUAUUUCAUUUAAGAAAAAUUGUAGUUGUUUUAUAAGCUUUGCAAGAGAGAUUCAAAAAGUCUCUCAACUGUCAAAAUUUUGCUGCAACCCUGUCAGAUUCAGAAAGAAAUUCAAGGUAGGAGAGCCUAAUAGAACUUCAGACCAAAUAUAAACUUAUUCAAAGUAAGGUAUCCAGGGAUCUCCUUCCAGUCUCUUCCCCCAUUCCCCCAUGUAAGUUUUUCUUUUCUUUUUUUUUUUUUAACUGCAGAUAUAAACAUGUAAAAUGUUUGGUUUUCUCACUUUCCCUCCAGUCUAUCUCAUCCCAUUCACCUUUGCAUCAACAAAAGCCCGGAUCAGAAAGGCUUUUGCAGUCCCUGUUUGCAGAUUUCUCAGGGAGAGUUUUUAUGUGUGAUUUGGGUAGACAUCUUCCCCUUUUAUAAAUCAGGUCAUGCCAGUGCAUAUCCAGAAAGCUUCUACAACCACCUGCAUUGUGAGUCUGUUAUGUUCUGUUGUUAUGUUAGCUAUUUUCUGCCUAUUACUGAACAGCUGGGAUUUUAGAAACAGCUGGAUGAUUAGUUUUGUUUUUUCCAUUUUUCACCCAGAUGCUUUAUUACUGUGUAGAAACAACCCCAAUGUGGAACAACCUGGGAGUAUAAUAGCGAAAAUCUGCUCUGAUGCAACUGUUGUUAUUAGGAAUUGAAUCAAGAAAAUUACAGGCAAACAGUUUUGACUAUUGUCUGCUUUACAAACAUGUUUGAUACAGCAUUCUCAUUUCCAUUUCUAGGCAAAAUGAUUUGAUUUAGCAACUUUAAAAUGCCUCUUCCAUUAUUCCUUAGGCUAUCGAAGCUGUGCUUUGGCUGUUAUGUUUAUUUGCUUAAGGGGAAAUGUCUAUACACAAUGAGGCAUCACCUGAGUUUUCCAUUCACUGCUGGCAAGAGGAGCUGACAGAGGCAGGCAAGUGACAGUCUUCACACUCGCCACAGUCUAUUUUUAGGUUGUUGCCUUUGUGGCUGACUUCAGCCCUGAUGGGAUGGAUUGACAUUCGAAGACAAUGAAAUGUUUUAUUAUGAAGAUUUGCAGAUCUAUAAAACUGGAUGGUAUUGUGAAAGUGAUAAAUUUAAUUCAGGUGCUGUUAGUUGGUUCCUUACCCAGGGCUAAAAUUAGAAUAAAAAAGAUGGGUAGACGCUUUUUCCUUUUCUAAUUAUUCUUUCAACAGAUGUUUGUUAAGCUUAUCCUAGCUGGCUAGGCUGUGUCAUGUACCCAAUCUCUAGAUGUACUAAAAUUUCAGAGAAUCACAGUUCAUGUAAGGAUUUUUUGAGAUAUAUAUUCAUUUUUCUAAAUAGCAGGAUUCUUGUUUAUUAUUGUGAUUCCUUUUUCCCCCUUUAGAAUCUACGUGUGUGGGUAGGUCUAGUUUCUCCUUGGGGAGUGAAUUGCCAGGCAUCAUGCUUUAAUAAUACUUCCUUUUUAUAAGUUCUAUCUUGUUUCUGUUAUGUACUUCAUUUUCUGUAAUAGCUUCUGUAUAAACUGCAGAGUAAAUGGGCCUGAAUCCAACUUGCCAAUUUUUUAUGAUUCUUGCAUGAGCAAAAACAAUACUCAGUGUUUUCAAAUAGCAGAGGUGAUUAUAUGAACCAUAUUUACUCCUUUUCAUUCCUGUAAUGUAUUUCUUCUAUUCAAUAACAUGUGAUUAAACUAUAACUCAAAGAAAGAAGCAGAUUUAACUGAAAUAUUAAACGUUUGUAAAGCAAUAAACAAUUUUUUUAAAUUUCAAAGUAAUUUGCUAUGACCAUGGUUCUUCUUUCCACACAAAAACAUUUUUUUUUCUUUUAAUAAUAACCAUCUGUAUCUUUCUAUUUGGGAAAGAUAUGAGUGCCAUUGAUGGUUCCUUUACAAAUUCUGGCUUGAAUAAAAACCUGAGUUUAUUUCUUGGAUGCAUGUGGAAAGCUUUGUUCUUUUUGUGGAUAUUCCUACUACCUAGGCAAACCAGAUGGAAUUGCAUUCAUUACAUGGCUAAGUCAGGACAGUUGAGGCCAACUUUAGGGAUUUUUCCGAGGUGCCUUCUAUCUGCAUCGAUUGAUUUCAAGAGGUGUUUGCUCAGGUUUCCAUUUGCUUUCAAGAUAAUGUCUGAUACAUUAAGUUAAAGUUAAGUCUUUACCAUUUGAAAUGCAGUUGUAAUAACAUUUUUAGCUCUCUCUAACUAGCUUUAAUUUCUUAAGAACAACUUGAACUUCUAUGAAAUGUAUUUUAAAAACUACGUUGUUUGUUUUCUGAGUGUUUCAGGACUUAUAUUAGAGUCGCUGGCCUUUAGUCUUCAUUCAAGCCAAACAACCAUUAUCUCUAAUUGAAGCUGCUUCUACUGGAAGCCAAAACAAUUGGUGGAGUCAGUGAAGAAAAGAAAAAAAAAAAAAAGCCAAGAUGAUUGUCUGGCAUUGUGAAGCCAUUGAUUCAAUUCUGCUUCAUUAAAGCCAUUAGAAGCAGACAGAUCCUGGAUUCUCUUUAACUUUGGGCAUUUUUAAAUUGCUAUCUAUUCUGUCAAGGAAAUACCUUUAAUUGUAAAACCAUUAUCUUGUGGGAUAUUUAGUUUUACUUUGGCAAACUGCAACUAUUUCUUCUGCUUUAGAAAUAUGACAUUCUGUAUUAAAAAAUGCAAAUGAAACCAUGAUUUUUCUAUCUUAAAAUGAAUAAUUUUUUUCCUUCACAAUUUUUCACGAAAUGUAUUUGCAAACUUGAAAAUGUAUGUUAGCCUAAAUCAGCUGACACAUAGUUACUAUUUGAAGAUUUUUAGACAAAUAACUGAGUUGCUCAUUAUUACUAUAUGAAGAAGGAAAUGACUUACAAUUUUUUUACACACUGGAAAGUGAAAAUGGAAGGCCAUAUAUUUAUUUACAUUUUCUGAAAGAGAAGAGACCAAAGGCCAUAUAUUUAUUUAGAUUUUCUAAUGGAUCCUAGAAUGUUCUGUGUGAUUUACUCAGAAGUUCUUCAAUGGAUGUCAAAUACACUUGAAAUAUGUCAGUCAAAGGGUACAAAGGCUCAGAUAGGAGGAAUGAGUUUGACUUUUUUUGAGAUUAAUUCCACAGCAUGGUGAAUACAGCUAAUAUUUGAGUACUGUACAUUUCAGCAACGUUAAGAGAAUAAAUUUCAAAUGUUCUUAUCACAAAAAUGUUAAAUGUUCUAGGUAAUGGACGGGUUAAUUAGCUUGAUUUAAUCAUUGUAUUAAAAAAAUCUUAACAUUACUUUAUAUUCCAUAAAUAUAUACAACUAUAAUUUGUCAGUAUAUAAUAAAAAUUAGAAUUUUCUACACCUAACUAGAAAUGUAAUUUAGAAAUGUGAUAUUACAUUGUAUAGAUCACAUUUCUGAUAUUUAAAAUACAUUUAUAUUAUGUAAUAUUACCCUAUUAAAUGCCUGUUUUUUGUUUUUUAGCAUACUAAAUAACCUAACAGGCUAUGUGUGAAUGUUGUGAAAAUAAUUUGACAGUUUUAAGUCUAUAUCCCUAAAGAUCAGUUAUAUUUUCAGAAGAAAAUACCUUUUUAUGUUCCUAUUUGAAUAAUAAAAGUUAAAUAUCUUUAACCUUGAUUUGAGAUCUUAAUCUUAUAAUUUGGCUUUAAGUUUUUCUUUUUCUGUAGUCAAAUGGAUGGUUCACGUGGCACUAAAUAAUUAUUAAUUACUUAUAUUAGAAGUAUUAACAUUUACAUUAAAAAUAGGAGGAAUAAUUUGUACAGAUUGAGCCCUGAGAUAUUAACACAUAAGACAAAGUUCCUCUUUUCACUGGCUAUUUAGAGCAAUUUUUCAGUAAUCAUGUUUUUUUGUUUUUUAAGUUUCAAGCACAUUAUUUCACUAUUUAUUACAGCCUGGUCAUACUAUUUAUCAAAACCUGACUGCUGUGGAGAAGUAAACCUGUUGCUCUCCAUAGAAUAGUAUUAAAAGCAUUUUACAGUAAAACUUUUACCAGAAAGAUGGUUCCAUUGCAAGUAUUCAAGGAAAGUAUUAGAGACAACCCCAGGGUAUAUAAUGGAAAGUACAGACAUCUUAAGUGAUUCAAUUUCAUAAAAAAGUCUAGGUUCUUAGCAAGCUGAAUGAUUCCAUAGCUCCGUCUUUUAAACCAUGCUAGUUGCCAGCUGUUAAUUAGUAGUGUAUGGUCAAAUAAAAACUUGGGGAUGAAGUACAUCAGUAUAGAGGUUUUGCUGUUAAAAAAAAGAAUUUUUUAUUUUAAUUUUUGCUAUUCAUCCAAUCAAUUCCUAAUUAUAGGUAAUUCUUGGUAUUCUAACUAACAGAUAACAAGUACAAGAAGUUCAAAGCUGGAUUCAUCAUGAAUAAGGAAAAUUUGCCUUUUAUGUAUUUGUGCCAGAGGCUGUACAACAAACCUAUUAUCUUAUAAUUUUUAUCAUUAGCCUGCUAAUAUCAGCACAUUUUAAUAAUUUGUUAAUUUUCAGGGAUGCCUAGGAGGUAAAUGCAGCUAGCUAAGAGUUAGCUGAUGGACAGACAUGGUCAUAGAAGUUUCCCAUCAUCCAUGACUACUAGUUUUAUGAACAUAAUUGUGCUUAAAGCUUUUGUCAUAUUUCUGUUAUUUGUCAGAUUCUCAGAGAAGAAAGGUGUAGACAGUUGCAAUUUUUUUUCCUAUUCUGUUUUCGAAAUGGAGAUCAUGUAGCAAUGGAGUGUUUGGAAGAAGCAGUUGUCUGUUUUUGUAGUCUUGAUCAUGUAUGUUGUUUGUAAAAUUCAAGACAUUCAUUCUUUGGUGGAUAAAGUGCUUAAUGAAUGCUUCUUAUCUCUGUGAAGUAUUUUAAAAGAGACUCAUAUACAACCAAAAAAAAAACGUCUUGAAUUGUAUUCAUGCUAGUGGAAAAUAAGCUUCAUCCUUAGCCAGGCUUAGGCUACUUAAGGACAUUGGAGACUCAAGGGGAUGGGAUGUGCUCCACGCAUUCCAGCAAUUUGUAAGAUGCUCUGGGAGUAUUCCAAUUGUGCCUUUAUAUUGAUGAAGCUGACCAAAUUAUUUACCAUGGCUUUUGUGGAGGCUGUGCAAUUGUUUAUCUAUAUUUUAAAAAGUGCUAAUUGAAAUAUGUUUAUCUCAUGAUAUUGAUAUAAAAUAAUAUAAUAUGUAGUAAUAUAGUUAUCACAUGUAGCCAUGACAGCAUGGGAUUACAAUGAAAAAGAGUAACAACUCUUGUAAUUAAGGCCCAAGAAGUUAUAUUAAAUAUUUUUUAAUAUAACAUUACUAUAUUGUGUUUUUAGUAUGUAAAAUAGAGACAAGAGGAAAAAAAUGUGUUUAGUUAUCCAAACUCUCUCAGCUCCUUUUUCGCUAUGCAUCUUUAUCCUACCUCUUUAUAAUUGUAACAUACGGCAUUCAGAUACAACGUUUACUUGUAUCAGAGGAGGAUACAUUCCAGGACCCCCAGUGGAUCCUUGCAACUGCAGAUAGUACUGAACUUUCUAUAUAGUAUGUUUUUGUCCUAUGCAUACAACCUAUGAUAAAUUAGACACAGUAAGAGAUUAACAACUAUAGCUAAUAAUAAAAUAGAACAAUUAUAACAGUAUAGUGUAAUAAAAGUUAUGAGAAUGUGGUCUCUGUCUCUCAAAAUAUCUUAUUGAAUGGUACUUGCCUAUUUUUGGACCACAGUUGACCACAGUAACUGAAAGAAGCCACCAAAAGUGAAACUGAAGUUAAGAGGAGAUUACUGUAUUAAUAAUCUAGGUUUGAAUUGUGUUUUUCUCUGAGCAUAGUAUCACUGCCUUUUUCUGGUAGGUACAUCAUUUGCUACUUUGCUUUUGUGGAUGCUGUGCGAUUGCUUUCAGAUUUUUAUAAAAGCACUGUUGAAGUAUGUUUAUGUCAUGAUAGUAAUAAAAUGUAAUAUAUAGUAAUAUAAUGAUCACAUGUAGCCAUGAUGGCAUGGGAUCAUAAAAUAGAGUUUCAACCCUUGUAAUUAAGGCCCAAGAAGUUAUUUUAAUUUUUUUACUAUAAUAUUACUAUAUUAUGUUUUCAAUAUGUAAAAUAGAGAAAAGAGGAAAAAGAGAUAUUUUGUUAUCCUAAUUAUCUCUAACUCCUUUUUCCCUGUGCGUCUUUAUUCUACCGCUUUAUAAUUGCUAUGUAGUUAGCAAAACUGUUCCUUUUAAUAAUUGCUAUGUAGUUAGCAAAACUGUUGUUAUGUAGCUUUUUAAUUUUUAUUUCAUCUUUUUGCUGUGAUUUUGUGUCUACGUCAUAUUUUAUUUAAUUGAUGUACAUACAUUUCUUGGUCAUUUCAGUAUAAUAUUUUCUAGAUUGCUUUACUUUUUAAAAUUGUACUGUUAUACUAUUUAAAUCAAACUAUGAUGAAUGUUUUCAUAAACAUAAUAUUAUUUUUUUGUACUAUUCUCUAGGCUAUCUUCCCAGAGGAAGUUGUUUUAAAUAAAGAGAUUUUAAUUUUAAAUGAUACUGCAUUAUUUUAUAAUAUAAUGUAAUAUAUUAACAAUAAAUCUAGUGGGGCAUGAAGUAACUUUUGAAAAUUAUUCGUUUGCUGUUCUCAGUAGUCGAACAAGCAUUAAUCAUGCAAGUAUUAUCAAUAACGUAAUACCUAUAUGUUGACCUCAGCUUUGCCUAUUCAUAUAGCAAAUUGUUUUUGAUGCUAAAUGUUGCUUGAGCAGCUGAUGACAAAGUGGUUCCUAUUCGUUUUCUGCUCUUCUAUUGCAAGCAGACUCCGGUACCUUUUUUAUUUGGCUCAUGGUGAUCAGGUUAAUUAUAUGUCUCUAUCUCUCCAUGUCUUAGCUAAAGGUCUUGCCUUCAGCUCUCUAAUCUCUUUUAAUUCUACCAUCACUCAAUUGCUUGAUUUGUCCUUGAUAAAACAUAAUGUCCUGAAUUACCUAAUCUCUGUAUGGUUUGUGAAUGGUUUCCUAGUAAUUUCAUGAAGGGAUACUUAACAACUGGACACCGUUUUUAUCUUCAGUUGUUUCUCCUCUUUGUUCUCCUCUUUUUUCUUCAAUUUCUUUUCUUUAUGUUUCCUAAAUUGAAUAUUGAACUUUUUGCUGACUUGAUGAUUCAAUACUGAGGCACAGGUAAUAAUUGGGAAACCCUCGGCACACUUCUUUCUUAACUAUUUGGAAUUGGAAGAUCUCUUAGAAGAGCUUAAAACUGUUUAGAUGAAACCUUACCAUACUCUCUCCUGGUAAGUGAAUUGAGCUGCAUAGACUACUGAGUUUUCCAGAGAAUAAAUAUAUAUUUUUUAGUGUAAUUGUUUUUGGAAAUAAUACAGAGAAUAAAUAUAUGUUUCUUAUUGUAAUUGUUUUUGGAAAUAAUACAGGUUAUUCCUGAGAAUAAUUCAUGCUCUUGAAGAACAAUCUCUGUCUAUCUUCAACAUUUUAAUGAAAAAAGGCAGGGGCGGAAGGAGCGAAUAAUUUUUUUCUUUCCAAUGGCAAUUAAAAGCAUAUUUUCAGCUCCCUUUUCCAGAGUUCCUGAAAGAUUUCUGGAAUCUUUUUAAAACUCUGCUUUUUCUGAGCUCUGAGCCUAUAAUUCUUUACUAUGUUUCUUAUUAUCUGCUUAUCUUUGGGAUUGCUUGUUUGGGGGAACUGAUCCAAUUUGAUUCCAGUUGUUUCCAAUUAUGCCUGGAGCCAUCACUUAUGCUGGGGAGAGACUGUAAAAUAAACAAGUUCCUUUUUCCCUUUUAAAACUUUGAAUCAAUCUAUGAUAUCUUGUAGACACCUUGCCAACUGCAUUUGAGAAUUCUUGGUAUUUUAAGCCAUGAGAUACCUCAUGGUAUCUUGGGGUCUUAGGGGUCAGCCAUUUCAAUGAAGAGGCAGUAAAAUCAGGAGCCAAAUCUCAGUGUCUACAACAAAUGAGUAAACAAAGAAAUUAGAACAUUUUAACUAGCUAAAUGAGAAAGUUAAGUUACGAAUAAUGUUUCUAUUUUUGAAGCCUCAUCAGUUGUGUUUGGGGCUGAUUUUUGUGCAGUGGCACAGCAGUUCCAGUUGUUAAAUGUUGAAAUGCAUUUGUAUUGGUUAAGUAGUCAGCUGAUGCUAUGGAGCCCAACAAGUGUCAAUUUAGGCUGUGUUCAGCUGGGUGGUUCUUCUUCUGAUAUAACCAGAGUUCCUGCAUAUAGCCACAGUCGGCUAGGAGGUCUGCUCUUGGCUAUUCUUCCCAAGAAGGCCUUGAACACAUGCCUGGAAAUUGAUGAAUGGACCAAACCAUGUAUCUCCAGCGUCCAACAACAUAGCUUGGGCUGCUUCACAGGGCAGCUGGCUUCCAAAGGCAGCAAGAGAGGGUAAACAUGUUGCAAGUACUUUUCAAGCCCCUGUCUACAUCCUGUUUGUUAAUGUUCCAUUAGCCAAACAAGUUACACAGCCAAUUCCAGAUUCAGGGAGCGGAGAACUAGAUUUCAUUUUUUUGAUGAGAGAAGCUGUGAAAUAUUUGCCGCCAUUUUUCUUCAGCUUACAACAACUUUUUGUGGCCAUUUUUCUUCUCAUGAAGAAACUAACACAGAACGAAUAGUUUAAAGGUAGCUAUUCUUGUAUGGGGAAAGUAUGCAUGGGAAGAAGAUGAAAUAUUUUAAUUUAGCCUGCUUUUCAAACUUUCUUAUGCCUGAUCAAUCUUGGGACAUUUAUAGACUGUAGGUUAUAUGUGUUUGUGAAGGUAUUAUUUUAUAAAAUAUUUUUUAAAAUUAUUUCUCUUGAUUAGGUUUUUCUUUUUAAAUUUCUUUCCUUCCUGAACAAAUUAUAAGUUUCAAGAGAUCAAGGAUUCACUGUUUCUUUUGGUGUUCUUUCCUAGUCUGGGGCCUGCACAUUAUUGUUAUUGGCUAAACUAUACACUCCACUGGCUGUAUGUAAACAAGAAUUUCACAUUAAGCAUGAUUCUAUCAUUUUGUUAUAUUUGCUUGUGAUUCUUUGUACUUUUGAGUAGCUGUUUAAAACAAGUAUUUGAAAAAUACAGAUCUUUGCAUUAAUACAUCUUUACUACCUCUUUGGGCCUUGAAUUUUGAGUCAGUAGCAUUGCUUUCUCUGGUGAAUUUAAAGCUUAUCUUGCACGGAAUUUUAUUAGGAAGUGUGUGUCCAACUUUGGAUCUAUUUUCUCAUUUGUGGAGCACAGGAAUUUCAUCGACCAGUAGACUGGUUCUAGUAUACUACCGAUGAAACAUCUAAUAAUGCUAUAUCACACCCUACAAGCCAUUUGAUAUAUAUUAACUGCAGUAUCAAUCUUAUAACAAACUUUUAGGUUAUUCCAGAGCAUUCAUAUUGGCUAAUUGCUGACAUUAAUAAUAGUUAUGUUAUACUUGUUACUUCUCUUGCCAUGUUCAUCAUAGAUGUGUUGUACUUAGAGGACAAAAAGGCUGGUAUUUUUUCUAAUGUACCUGUGAGGAAAUGACUUGAGAAUUAUGAUGUUCUUUCUCCUCCCCAUGGUAUAAAGUUAUUUUUCCAAAUGCAUUUGAUAGUAUCAUAUAUUAGCAAAUUAUUUCAGUAAUUUUCAGGAGCUCUAGAAAACAAUUGGUGGAACAGGUAGAUCCAUUUAUUUAGAAAGCUUCUUAUCAUUACCCAUAGUCACGUAAUAAUCGUUGCUUAAUUAUCUCCUUUGCUGUGGUUGUAUCAACACAUAUGUGAUUGUUUCUUGUUCCCUAUGGCUCAAAAGUCUAAAUUCUUUGUUCCUAUCGAUAAAAGUGUUUGAAUGCUUCUUUUGUUAUGUUUAAAUUUCAUACCUGAGAAUUGCCUAUUUGUUUCCAAAUAGCUGUUAGGUUGCAAAGUCAGUGCUUUGCGUAGUGUCAGGGUUAUUUAAUAACCAAAGGAAAUCCUUUUCAGUGUAUAUUUUCAUCAGUUAAAUUUCUCACAGAGUCACCUCUCUAUACAUACAAUGUAGCCGAAUUCUCUUAGUGUUCUCUGCUUGUGUAUAAAGUUUGAAUAAUAGUUAGAAUAAGUAUGUUUUCUAAACACUUGUUUACUAGAUAAUACGCAUACUCAUUGCUUGGUGUGAGUGGCUUCAUUUAAUGUUCCAUUUUCAGGGAUUCCUAGGGGAAGAUAAUGAAAAGUGUACAUUUUUAUUUAAUGAGAGAAGAUAGUAGUCAAAAGUUACUUCAUAAAUCUCCCUUCUGUUUUCUUCUUGAAUGUUUGUUUAGCUUUUCAUAAAGAAACAAAUGGCAUACUUAUAGGCCACUUCUUGUAUGUUCUUUGCCCAACGAUAUGGUAGCUAAUAUUAUUCAGAGGAAAAAUAUCCAGGAAAGAGAAGUGAUGGGGAUGAUAAUUGAAGGAUCUAGAAGAUUUUGCAAUAUGAAGUAUUUGUCAAAAAUAAAACAAUUGGCCAGACUUAGACUUCUCUUCUGUGUCCUUUACCAUGUUGAUGGGACCUUUAGUUAUAUCUCUUUAUGUCACUGUAAAAUGUGAAUAAUCACAUUCUAAAAGUAAAAGGGGAUCAAGAAAUUGUUUUCUUGGACCACUUAUUGCUUAUAGUGCACUCAUCUGCACCAGUCGUCCUGAUUAUGAGGUCUUCUGUGCCUUGGUCUCCUCCCUUCUGACAGUAGGGAUCAAUGAUACUUGAUCCUCCCACUUUCCCAAUGGGUGUGAAGUAGUAGAAAUGACAUUUGAAGCUCUAGAAAUACAGGCCACACCUUGCAAAUUCAACCUAUUAAUUCUAUUAUGUUUAUGUUUCUUAAAUAGCCUACUAAUUUUUCUUGGAAAAUAUGUCAAGAUCAGAUACAAACCAUUUUUUAAAAAUUAUUUCUUCUUUUAAAAUCAUCUUUACUGAAGUAUAAGUACAAUAAACAAUAUCCAUUUAAAGUGUACAAUUCAAUGAAUUUUGACAUAUGUCUACACCCAUGAAGUUACCACUACAAUCAACAUACAGAAUUCUGUCAUAUCCAAAGUUUUCUUCACAGUCUAUUCCUCCCUGGCUCUCAGAUCUCUGGCUCUAGCAAUCAAUGAAAUCUUCAUUUUGUCACUUUAAAAUAGUUUGCAAUUUCUACAAUUAUGUAUAAAUAGAUACAUGUGCUAUAGAUUUUUUUUGUUCCUGGCUACUUGGCAUAAUGUUUUUGACCCAUCCAUGUAGUUGUGUGUAUCAAGAGUUGGUUUCUUUUCAUUGCAUAGAUAUACCACAUUUUGUUUAUCCAUUUACCUUUUGGAGGACAAGUCCAUUCUGUGUUCGCAUGGUUUUUUUUCCACCAAAUCUUGCUCUCUUGUACCACUUGCUAAUAGUUUUAUGUCCUUAAGCCUAGUUUUAUUUAUAUUUUGUCAUUUACUUUACUACAUUGUUAUAUAGUUUCAUUAUACACUACUAGAGAACCAAUAUAUUACUAAGAGUUUAUAUAAGGCUUGUAUAUUUAAGUGGAAUUAUUUAUGAUUAAAAAAAUGAGUUCUUGGUUUUUUGUCCCAAAGUAAAUAGCUUCUAAUCAAGAAUGUAUGAUCUUUUCUUCCAGAGAAAACUUUUUUUAUCUCUGGCCCAUUUUGCCACUUUGAUGGCAGCAAUGAUGAGGAUUCCUGUAGAAAUGUGUGCUGACAUCUAAGUAGAUCAGCAGCCCUUCAACAUAGCACUUCCUUGGUUCAAAGAAAAGGUACAUGACAAGUAGGGAGAUUUCAGUUACAAAAGUUGGUAAAUGAAAUGAAAGGUUUUUUAUAUUCCUAAUUCAGAAUUUAAGCUUUUUGAGACUUUUCUUCAUGUUCCCAAGGUGACAACCAUUUGAGCUGGAAGUUGCAUUCACCAGGAGAGCAGCAGCCUUUUCACUGAGGCAAAUUUAAGAAGACCAGUUUUAUCCCUGUCAACCAUAGCAUUGCUACUGAAGUUAAAAGCAAUGAGAGUUUAGGGAGUUGUUUUUUUAAAUCUUUCUUUUAAAUCUUCAGACUUAACCUCCUAAAUCUAAUAUUACUGUCUAAGUACAUUCACAUUUUUAAUUUCUCUGGGGCCAUUUUCCUUUCUGUCUUCUCUUCUCUGUCUCCAGUUUUCUUCCUCCUUCAUUUUCCAUCUGCAUUUGCAUUUUUCUCUUUUUCUCUUCCUCUAGUCAUAAAGAUCCUCCAGGGAAGGAUUGGCCACUAGAAAAGAAAUUCUUUUUUCAGCUCUGCUUUGACUAUCUUGCUUAUGAAAUUUUGCUUUCCUAACACAGAAAUCUCAAUGAUAUUGCUGAAGCAACUUCUGUAUCCUAUACCCUGGCAAGGUUCCUAGAACUGGUCCCAGUGGG